GCCUGCGCAGAUCUCUUCAAAGCAGAAGGUCGCGUUUGGAGGAAGUGGCGGCUUUGGGUCUCGUGACCGAGUCUCCGUUACUACUUUUCGGAAGCUCCUCUCGGCCGCUUGCCGGGACACUCCGCCGCCAAGAUGCCUCGAAUUAUGAUCAAAGGGGGCGUGUGGAGGAACACCGAGGAUGAAAUUCUGAAAGCAGCAGUAAUGAAAUAUGGGAAAAACCAGUGGUCUAGGAUUGCCUCGUUGCUGCAUAGAAAAUCAGCAAAGCAGUGCAAAGCCAGAUGGUAUGAAUGGCUGGAUCCAAGCAUUAAGAAAACAGAGUGGUCCAGAGAAGAAGAGGAAAAACUCUUGCACUUGGCUAAGUUGAUGCCAACUCAGUGGAGGACUAUUGCUCCAAUCAUUGGAAGAACAGCGGCUCAGUGCUUGGAACACUAUGAAUUUCUCCUGGACAAAACUGCCCAAAGAGACAAUGAAGAGGAAACAACAGAUGAUCCACGAAAACUUAAACCUGGAGAAAUAGAUCCAAAUCCAGAAACAAAACCAGCACGGCCUGAUCCAAUUGAUAUGGAUGAGGAUGAACUUGAGAUGCUUUCUGAAGCUAGAGCCCGCCUGGCUAAUACUCAGGGAAAGAAGGCCAAGAGGAAAGCAAGAGAAAAACAAUUGGAAGAAGCAAGGCGUCUUGCUGCCCUCCAAAAAAGAAGAGAACUUCGAGCAGCUGGCAUAGAAAUUCAGAAGAAAAGAAAAAAGAAAAGAGGAGUUGAUUAUAAUGCUGAAAUCCCAUUUGAAAAAAAGCCUGCUCUUGGUUUUUAUGAUACUUCUGAGGAAAACUACCAGGCCCUUGAUGCAGAUUUUAGGAAAUUAAGACAACAGGAUCUUGAUGGGGAACUUAGAUCUGAGAAAGAAGGAAGAGAUAGAAAAAAAGACAAACAGCAUUUGAAAAGGAAAAAAGAAUCUGAUUUGCCAUCAGCUAUUCUUCAAACUAGUGGUGUUUCUGAAUUUACUAAAAAGAGAAGCAAACUAGUUCUUCCUGCUCCUCAGAUUUCAGAUGCAGAACUUCAGGAAGUUGUAAAAGUAGGCCAAGCAAGUGAAAUUGCACGUCAAACUGCUGAGGAAUCUGGCAUAACAAAUUCUGCUUCCAGUACUCUUUUGUCUGAGUACAAUGUCACCAACAAUAGCAUUGCUCUUAGAACACCCCGAACACCAGCUUCCCAGGACAGAAUUCUGCAGGAAGCCCAGAACCUCAUGGCCUUGACCAAUGUGGACACCCCAUUAAAAGGUGGACUUAAUACCCCAUUGCAUGAGAGUGACUUCUCAGGUGUGACUCCACAGCGGCAAGUCGUACAGACUCCAAACACAGUUCUUUCUACCCCAUUCAGGACUCCUUCUAAUGGAGCUGAAGGGCUAACUCCCCGGAGUGGAACAACCCCCAAACCAGUUACUAAUUCUACUCCAGGUAGAACUCCACUUAGAGAUAAGUUAAACAUUAAUCCAGAAGAUGGAAUGGCAGACUAUAGUGAUCCCUCUUAUGUGAAACAGAUGGAAAGAGAAUCUCGUGAACAUCUCCGAUUAGGAUUGUUAGGACUUCCUGCCCCUAAGAAUGAUUUUGAAAUCGUUUUACCUGAAAAUGCUGAGAAGGAGCUGGAAGACCGUGAAGUAGAUGAUACUUACAUCGAAGAUGCUGCUGACGUGGAUGCUCGAAAGCAGGCCAUACGAGAGGCAGAGCGUGUAAAGGAAAUGAAACGAAUGCACAAAGCUGUCCAGAAAGAUUUGCCAAGACCAUCUGAAGUGAAUGAAACUAUUCUAAGACCCUUAAAUGUAGAACCACCUCUAACAGAUUUACAGAAAAGUGAAGAACUAAUCAAAAAAGAAAUGAUCACAAUGCUUCAUUAUGACCUUCUACAUCACCCCUAUGAGCCAUCUGGAAAUAAGAAAGGAAAAACUGUUGUAUUUGGUACUAACAAUUCCGAGCACAUUGCUUAUCUGGAACAUAACCCUUAUGAAAAGUUCUCCAAAGAAGAGCUGAAAAAGGCCCAGGAUGUUCUUGUGCAGGAGAUGGAAGUGGUAAAACAAGGAAUGAGCCAUGGAGAACUCUCCAGUGAAGCUUAUAACCAGGUGUGGGAAGAAUGCUACAGUCAAGUUUUAUAUCUUCCUGGGCAGAGCCGCUACACACGGGCUAAUCUAGCUAGCAAAAAGGACAGAAUUGAAUCACUUGAAAAGAGGCUUGAGAUAAACAGGGGUCACAUGACUACAGAAGCUAAGAGAGCUGCAAAAAUGGAAAAGAAGAUGAAAAUUUUGCUUGGAGGUUACCAAUCUCGUGCUAUGGGGCUCAUGAAACAGUUGAAUGACUUGUGGGAUCAAAUUGAACAGGCUCACUUAGAGUUACGCACUUUUGAAGAACUCAAGAAACAUGAAGAUUCUGCUAUUCCCCGGAGGCUAGAGUGCCUAAAAGAAGAUGUGCAGCGACAACAGGACAGAGAAAAAGAGCUUCAGCAUAGAUAUGCUGAUUUGCUGCUGGAGAAGGAGACUUUACAGUCAAAAUUCUGAAGCACAGUUUAUAUUCUGUCACAGGACAAAUUAAUUGCUGGUUUUCAUACUCUGCAAGGCUGAAACUGAUGUUUAUCUUCAUUGACAAAUUUACCCACCAUCUGUGGUUUCUCAGUUGUUUAUUUUAAAUGAUAUUGAUUUUACAUUCUAUGUUAAAGACUUUUAACCGGACAGGACAGAUAAGGGUUUGAAUUAUUAAGAUGAUCAUUCUUUUACCAAUGUCAUAUUUGCAAGAAUUUUUAGUUUUGGCCUUUUAAUUUAAAAAGCCUGACUCUAAAUUGUUGCCUGUGAGUAAACCCUUGAAUAAAAAUAAAAUAUAAAAAAUUGAGAAUGUAUCCUUUUGUUUGAAGUAACUAGAGUUUCCACAAAUCAACUGUGUACUCUGUGUCAUAUUUAAUAACUUGUAGGUAAUCAGAAUGACAAUUCAGUGUCUUAACUUUAGUUGUGAAGAGGCAAUCCUUUAUGACUUCAACAUAGAAUGGUCAUUUCUCUGCACUGACAAGAUUAACUUUUUAAUACCUCAGAAUUUUUUUUUCAGUGUUACUUUAGGGAAGGCCUCUUCUCUGCCAGCUACUUAAGACUGUGUAUGGAUUAUAACUUAAAAGAUUUAAUUUUCCUUGACCAGUUAUUUUCUUGUAAUUAUGUUUUUGACAAAGACAUUUUAAAGGUUGAUUUUAGCAAGGCCAUCAAAUUUCAUUAAAGCUCUGUAUUUGGCUUAAGCCAAACAGGUCAGUUGCAUAGCUAUAGAAUUUGGGGAAUGGGUAGAAGUAGGAAGAUUAAUUUUAUAGCAAUUCAUAUGAAAUCAUUUAGUACAGUAUUAGUUGCUUACAAGCUCAGUAUAGGCCAAAUUAUGUGUUGGACUCACCAAAAAAGUUUGCUCAAUCUUAGAAGUUAGGGACUAGAAGGAGAAAGAAGGGACUCAUUCAUUCAUCUGUUCAUUCAUUCACUCAUUCGCCAGCUGUGUAUUGUGCUGGAGUCUUGGGGAUAGAACAAUGAUUCACAUAGUCUUGGUUCUGGUUUUGUGGCCUGUACAGUCUGUUGAGAAUGAUAGACAAUUUAAAAUCCACAUGUUUAUUGGGUGACUCUUAUGUGUCAGUCAUUUAAAUAUUGGAGAUGGGCGGUUAUUAAAACGAAGUUCUUGUUCUCACAGAGUGACAAUUGUUGGGAGGGAAUACUAAACAUCGAGGGAAAGUUCAGAUCAUGAAUUUUAGAUUUUAUGGAGGAAAUUAAAAUAGGACAAUAUGAUCAAAGAGAUCACUUGAAAGAUCUAACAUUUAAGAUAACGUUGAAUUGCCACUUUAGGAAGAGCCAUCCUUGUGAGAUUCAAGGAAAGCAAAUCCUAGGCAGAGUGAAUAGCUUGCACAAGCCUCUGGUGUGUCUGAGGAACAAAGGAGGAACAUUAUGACUGGGGUGUUAAGAGGGGUGUUGAGUAGGCCCACACGUAUGAAGACAUGGUAUGAAAUUGGGUCUUAUUUCAAGUACAAAGGGAAGCUAUGAGAACAUUCUAAACAAAGGAAUGACAGAUCAGAUUUGGUUUUAGAAACAUUACUCUGGCCAUUAUUGUGUAAUGUCUCAGUUUGAGGUAGGGAAGCUAGUUAAUUUAGGAGCCCUACUCAGUAAACUGAACAAAUAGUAAUAGGGUCUCAAACUAGGGUUGAGGCAGGGUGAGGUGGGGUUGGAGGAUGGAGCUAGGUGGAGAGAUUUGAGAAGUAAUACUUAUGUAGUCUUAGGCCAUAAAUUGAUAUUUUUCUGAUAUCUAGUCAUUUAGUUCUACUUUUUCUAGUAAUUUUUCCUGGGUUUUCUAAGAAAUACUCAGUAUCCUCUAUGGAUAAUGGUAAUAUUUCUUAAAUAUGUUCAUUUCAUUUUUAUUGCAUGUUUUGUUGACUGAUAUGUUUAGAACAAUGUUAAAUGAUGAUGAUGGUGGAUAUUGUUUUGUUUCUGGUUUUAAUGGGAAUAUGCAUAGUGUUUUAAGUUGGCUAUUUGACUUACAUGUUCUUUAUAUAGAUAGUAUCUCUAUUUUUAACUUUCAAAGAUUUUGAAUUAGAAAUGGCUCUUGAAUCUUGUCACAUAGACUUUGGGGGCAUCUGUUAAGAUGAUCAUAUAGUUUUUCUCAUUUUGGUAUGUUGAUGACUUACAUUAAUGGACUUUGCAACAUUAAACCAUCUGUACUCCUGGAACCAGGUGGAUUCAUUUUUAAAAAUUGUUUUUAAACACUUCAUUGUUUAUUUGCAUUUAUGUAGUUGAAUUAUAAGGGUUUGAAAUAGUUGAUCUAAUAAUAAAGACUCAUUUUGUUGUCAGAA